ACGACGACGACAACAACAACAACGACGACGACGACGACAACAACGACGACAACGACGACGACGACGCGAGGCACCCGCGCGAGUCGUAGGUUAUGUCAAGCGGAUUGGCAGGCGCUGUCUCAAACCAGCGGAUGAAAGGACAAACUAGCCAAGUAAGCAAUGGUCCUAAGGAACACCAGCAGCAACAACAGACGGAACAUGCCGCUGGCGAGGAUACUAGCUUUGACUCGUGGCGAGGUGGCAACAAUGCUCAACAUCACUCGAGUUAUCCAAUUGGCACCGGCGAUCCAUAUAGUACGUACUACGCCGGUACCUCUUUUCCUUAUCAGACAUUCGGCGCCGGCGACGGCACGUGGUCAAACGGCACUGAUCCGGUCGCCUUCCUGUCUGGUUACGGUGGUCAAAUAAGCCACGACGCGUAUGGCAUGGACGGCAUGUUCUCCGCGUCAGCCGCCGGCGGCGGUUUCAGCGCGUUUGGUCAACCGCCAUUUAAUUACUUCCACGGCAACGGCGACUUCAGUGCGUGGGGCACUCCGAGAAGGACCAAAUACGAGGACUAUUAUCAACCGCGCGGCAACGAGAGCUAUGCCAGUCCGGCGGCGAGCGGCACCGGUGAGAUUAAGACCAUUGAGCAAGGUGUACAAGGUUUGUCGAUCGGUGGCAGCAGCGGCAGUGGUAGUGGCGGCGCUGGUGAGUUACCGCGGCAGGAUCAGCAACAUGCACAGGCUCCGACGCAGCCAAUCAAACCCGAGCCGAAGGAGCCGAGAAAAAUCACUUGGGCAAGCGUGGCGAGUCAGCCUGCGAAACCUGUGCCACCGCUCUCAUCCUCGCAAGGGAUGAAGAAAAAGGCGGGCAUGCCGCCACCACCAAUCGUGCCGGGCAGGCACAACAUGGACAUCGGGACAUGGGGCGAGGGUAAGUCUUCCGCGCCGCCGCCACCUACGGCACCGCCGCCGCCACAGGUGCAGCCGCCGAUUCCGCCGCCGCCGCCGCCCGUUCAAAGACAGCAACGACCGCAGCAACCACCGCAGCCUUGUAGCGGCAACCUUGUGCAGCCUUGUUGGAACAGGCAGUCGGUCGCGGUAACGACGGCGACGCCGCCGGUCCCACAGUCGCAGACGCAGAUGCAUAUGCCGUCGCAAUCACAGCAGCAUCAUCAGCAACAACAUCAACAUCAUCCACAAUCACAGUCGCAACAGCAACAGCAGCAGCAACAACUUUCUCAGAGCAGUCCAUCCUCGCAUCCGGUCCUCGACGAACUGAAAGGAAAAAACGAUUAUAAUCCUGUAGAAUUUGAUCAAACUGCUCCUGGUGCCCGAUUCUUUGUAAUCAAAUCCUAUUCAGAGGAUGAUAUUCAUCGAUCUAUCAAGUACGAGAUCUGGUGUAGUACCGAGCACGGAAAUAAGCGGCUCGAUCAGGCUUAUCGGGAAGCGAGUCGCGAAGGCGCACCUCUUUAUUUGUUCUUUUCUGUAAAUGGAUCCGGCCAUUUCUGUGGCAUGGCGCAAAUGGUCUCCCCCGUCGAUUAUCAGUGCAACAGUAGUGUCUGGUCGCAAGACAAAUGGAAAGGCCAGUUUCGCGUUCGUUGGAUAUAUGUGAAGGAUGUUCCUAAUGUGCAACUACGACACAUUAAGCUUGAGAACAAUGAGAAUAAGCCGGUUACGAAUUCGCGAGACGCACAAGAAGUACCGCACGCGAAAGGCGUCACGGUAUUGCGUAUCUUGCACACCUAUCGGCACUCCACAAGUAUAUUCGAUGAUUUCGGGCAUUAUGAACGCCGACAGGCCGAAGAGGAUCAGCGCAAAGCGCCGAAUAACGCCAUACAGCAUCAUUCUUCGCAUCAUCCUUCCACUAAUCAUCGAAAUAGGGGACACGCCUCGGACAUGUCCAGAGAUCACCAUCAGCAUGGUCAUCAGUCUCAUAUGCAUCAGCGCAAGGAGCGUGGCGGUCGUGGCGGCAGAGGAGGCUCACGUCAGUAGCGCUGGAUAUCGCAGAGACGUAAUGCCGUUAAUAAGAAUAAUCGACGUAAAGAGAGCACGCUACGACUAAUUAUCACGUCUUACCACUUAUUUUUGCUUUCCCGGAUCCGUGAUGAGGCUUCAUCUGAUUUUCUGUGACCGAACAUUUGUUGUCGACUUCGGUCGCGUUGUUUUUUCGUUAAAAUGGUUAAUCCAAUGAUUAAUGAGAUAACACUAGCGUCGCGUCGACAUCGUCCUAAAAUAAUAUAUGUAAUUUGCGAUUAUUAUAAAGACAAAAAAAAAACAAAAAAAAAAAAACAAAAAGAAAGGAGGAAGAGAAUAAUACACUAUUUCAAAGAAUAUUUGGCUAAACUUGCUGACGAUUAUAAAGCAUAUGAUGUGAUGUUGCGUGCUAUUCAUCGAAAGGUGUUUUUAAACGUACAAAUCAUAAGACGGGACAAAAAAGAUAGGAGAGAGAAAGAGAGUGAAAAAGGAGAAAAAACAAGGAGACGAGGGAGAGGAGGGGAAAUGAGAAUAAGAAACUAUGUGGACUAAUUCUUGUAAAAUGCUUAAACUUUUGUUGAAAAUGAAAAAGAAAUCUAUACGAGAA